AUGGCCUACAACAAGAGCUACAACCCUGAUGCGCUGCCAGCGCACGCUGAGCCCGAGCAGGUCGCGCAGUUGAUAGGGAACUUGCAGGCAACUGGAGGCCACAGUCAAAACCAAAAGCCUCUUCCCUCUCGCCCACCACCACAGUCAGCCUCUAGCGGUGGAGUACCCCCGCGAGUGCCCGUCUCCAAUGCUCCCCCACCGCACGCAUACAACAACGCCCCUCCUGCCAAUUCCUACAAUGGCCGACCCUCGCCCGCGAAUGCCCCUCCCCCAAACCAAGGCCAAUACCGACCGCACCCGUUACAUCCCUCUCCACCCCCUCAGAACUACGGCCACGGUCCCCCUCCAUCUCAGCCGCAGCGUAACCGACCCCCGCCCGUCUCGCGCCCUCCUCCAUCCCCCCACCCGCCCCCUCUGUCUGCCCCCGGCGAUGACCCACAACAGCUCUUCCCUCUCUUCCGCGCCGCCAACUCGUCGCAUAGCGGCUCGCUCACGGAGAACGAGCUCGGCUCUGCCCUGGUGAACGGCGACUACACAUCUUUCCACCCCCGCACAGUGAAGAUGAUGAUCCGAAUGUUCGACCGGGACGGGAACGGCAUCAUCAACUUUGACGAAUUCGUCUCAUUGUGGAAAUACCUUGCCGCAUGGCGGGAGUUAUUCGACCGAUUCGACGAGGACCGCAGCGGGCGGAUCAGCUUGCAGGAGUUUGAGAACGCGCUGGUCGCGUUCGGGUAUCGACUCACGACGAAGUUUGUGUCCGUGCUGUUUUCUGCGUUCGAAAGUAAGGCAAAGCAGGUUAGUGGCCCUCAAGGGCCGCAGAGGAGUCCUGGGCAGAAUGGGAUGAGCUUUGAUUUGUUUGUGCAGGCUUGUAUUAGUUUGAGGAGGAUGACGGAUGUGUUCAAGCGGUAUGAUGAGGAUCGGGAUGGGUAUAUUACUGUGAGCUUUGAGGAGUUUUUGACUGAGAUCAUCCUGCUGCAGGAUUAA